AUGAAUUCAGAGAAAGAGGCUGUUAAAGCUUUUGGUGUGAAGUGCAGCUUUCCAUUUGUUAUUUACAAAUUGAAUCAAAAGUUCAUUCACUUGAAAACAUCCACCUCUUCAGAGACUUGCACAACACCAGACAACAUUAUUUUAAGCCAAAGGAAUCGGAAUCCAGUGAAGAUCUACAUUGUCAAGGUCAGAGCUAAUUCCAACAAUGUCGUUGCCAUAGGUUUUUUUUUUUCAGAAUUUGAGGCACUUGUGGAAGCUCGUAACAUUCAUCUACUUAUCCAUGGUCUCUUAUCAUGUAAAAUGCCAACGACAAUCGCUCACUGCUCGAAUACUGUACCUGAUGAAAGACCUGGCAACGACAGCCGUCCGGAUUACAAAGUAGAUAUUUAUAUACCAGACUAUGGAUACAAUUACACAAACGUGUAUGGUGAAAUGAAGCCAACCGUCAACAUGUUAUAUAAAUUUACCGAAUUGGCUUGCAUUCAGAUACCCACAAAGAAAUCGGACCUUUUGAACUUCAUUGGACAUUUGAACAAGUUGGCUUUUAUCCUCUCUGUCCAUAAAAAUGAUUGUGUACCAUUGGAAUCGAAUCUGGGUGGCCAUCCACAGGACUUGUAUGGUGUUCAAUCAGUUGAGAACAAUGCAGCUGCUCCAGGACCUUCGGAAUACCUAAACGAACCUGUGUUUAAUCCUACUCAGGUCGACGAGUAUGAUUAGAUCUGCGUCGAGAAAGAAAGGUGGUAUAAUACCUUUGCAAAAAGUUGAGCAGACGAACGCCCCUAUUAGUCUAUGUAUGUAUC